AUGAUAGUGAGAAGUCGACGGGCGAAGCUAGUGUGUCUGGUCGGCGUGCUGAUUGUGUAUUGCUACCUCAGCUAUCGGAAUGCUUCGAUACCGGCCGAGUUUUUGGAGCUACAGCAACUAGCUGCGAAAGGGCAAUCCGGCGUCUGUCGAAUAAAAGCGCUCGACCCGUUUGAUCCGUCGAUUGCCAAAUACAUUGAUGUCAGCCCGAAGACGCUCCGCUGCCGCGCCGUGCAGGAGCAAUGCGUGACGUUUGGCAACAAGACACUGACCAUCGUGAAGCCGGUCAGCAGCUGCCGCUAUCGCAGCGUCGCGCACAACUCGGGCGUCGACGAUUUUCAGCCAAAAUACGGGCCGUGGCUGGUUAUUAAAGGAGCUACCUCUGAUCCCAUUGAAGAUGAAUUUGUGCAGGUCGAAUGCUACAAACAAACUUUUGGCAUGGAGCGAUGCAUCUACAGGAACACAUUUUUCCAAGUGGUACCAAGGGAGACGAGUACGGAAACUGGAAAACCGUUUUCCAAAGAAGCGAAAGACCGGCCGAGCGUCUUGUUUCUCGGCAUCGAUGGCGUGUCGCGGAGUAAUUUUAUACGGCAAUUACCUCAGACAAUGGAAGUGAUGGAGCGUCAGGGGUUCGUAACCUUGGAUGACUACGCAAAAUUGGGCGACAAUAGCUUUCCCAAUCUUUGCGCCAUACUGCUCGGCAAGCGCGGAUACGAUGCAGCGGGUUUCCCCAGCGAAGUACCAACCGAAUGGGGCAUUAAUUACGACAACUGGACGGAUUUCGUGUGGCGUAGAUUCGGUCGGGCCGGCUACGCGACAAUGUUCUCCGAGGAUCGCCCCGAAUGGAGCACGUUCAGCUAUAAGAAGCACAGCCAUGGAUUCGUGAAACGACCGCCGACCGAUCAUUACCAGAGGCCCUACUUCACGACCCUCUACGACUCGAAAGAAAUGCUGCAGAGCACGCCGCAAUGCUUCGACAGGUCGCCGCUCCACAAUCUGCAGUUGGACUACGUCAAGGAAUUCCUGACAGCGUACCACGGCCGUGGCAUACCGACUUUUACGUUUUUCUGGAACGUCGAUCUGGCACAUGAAUAUCUGAAUACUCUGAAAGUGGCGGACAGCGAUUUGGCGGGUUUUCUGCAGGACAACCAGGAACUACUCGAGAACACGAUAGUCCUCAUGAUAUCUGACCAUGGUAACCGCUACGACGCGAUUCGAGAAACGAUUGUCGGUCGUCUUGAAUCCCGAAUGCCGAUGCUGUCCAUUAAACUACCAAAGAAAAUGAUCACCAAACAUCCACACCUCCUCGCCAACCUCAAGCACAACGCCAAGGUGUUCACCACCCAUUUCGAUACGCACGAACUUUUCAACGACGUGUUGCUGAACAACUACGCCUACGCGUCCAACAGCUCGAGGAGCUUUUCGUUGCUCGGAGAAGUGCCGGCGAAUCGCACGUGCAAGCAGCUGAACGUGCCGGAUUCCUUCUGCCCAUGCUACGAGGAGCUCGAGCUCGAGCCAGCGAGGGGGCAAGAGGUAGCCGAUUAUCUACUCUCGGAAGUGAAUCGGCUUCUCGCCGAUGGUCCCGAUAAAGGUAAAUGCGCGGUGAUGAAACUGGCCGAGAUCCAGUCUGUGUCGGUGAGACUACCGCCUAAGGCUGUUAUGGAAGAAAAUUCGAUGGGAAAGCAGCCGCCGUCGGGCGCGAUAACGAUUAUCUACAGGAUCGCGUUGCGUGUAGCGCAACCAUCAAACGCCCUGCUCGAGGCCGUCGUCUUCCGCGAUUUGACGAAAAAGACCUGGAAAAUCGAUGGGGACAUUGAGCGGAACAACAAAUAUGGCAACACUUCGGCGUGUGUCGUCGAGAAGCAGCUGCUCAAACUGUGCCACUGCAUUAAC